UGCGCCUGCCCUCCGCCCUUCUCCCUCUUGGUCGGAAACUCGGUUCACCGGAGACAGACCGGAGGAGAGACGAGUCUGUCGGUGGCGACGCUGUGACCCACUCCUGGCGCCUGCUGCUCCACGUCAGAGCGAGAGGGAACCGAGGAAGCCAGCUGCGCUCAGUGAGUCCGCUCGGUGAGCUGCCUGUUGUGACUCUCCUCUCAGCCAUGGCGGAUCUGCUCCGGCUCCUUCUGCGCGUGGCUGAGAAGGCGGCCACUGUGGCGCGGGUCUGCAGGCAGGAGGCGCCGCUCUUCCAGCUGCUGGUCCAGGAGAAAACAGGCGACGACAAGAACAAGAAAUUUGUCCAAGACUUCAAGACCCUGGCGGAUGUGGUCAUCCAGGAGCUGAUCCGCCAUGAUGUCGGCGCUCAGUUUCCUGAGAUGGUCGGCUUCAUCCAUGGAGAGGAGUCCAACAAGUUUGAAAAUGGCCUGGGUGAGAGCGUGACGGUCACUGUCUGCAGCACCGAGGAGAGGACGGCCCAGCUGCUGGCCUCGGUGCUGGACGGCGACACGGCGGCGGCCGCCCUCCUGGCCGGAGCCAUCCACAGAGACCCUGCCUCCAUCCAGGUGGACACGGAGGGCCUGGCGCCGCUGCAGCUCAGUCCGUCCGAGCUGGCCAUCUGGAUCGACCCCAUCGAUGCCACCAGCCAGUACAUCGAGGGCCGGGAGGAGGCGCCGCAGCGGGACCACCUCUCCCCCUCAGGUCUGCACUGCGCUCUGGUCCUGAUCGGGGUCUACCUUCGGAGCACUGGGGAGCCGGUCAUGGGCGUCAUCAACCAGCCGUUCAACUCCAAAGAGCCCGUCUGUGGCAGGUGGAGGGGGACACACUACUGGGGCGUGUCCCACGGCGGCGUGAACGUCUGCUCCGUGAGCCGACCUGACCCCGGCCCCGGCGGCGAGCUGGGCCCGACGGUGGUGCUGAGCUCCAGUGAGAAGGAGGCGGUGAAGCGCAGCCUGCUCCGCCUCUGUGGAUCCGAGCGGCUGAUGUAUGCGUCCGGUGCCGGCUAUAAGGUGCUGUGCGUGAUCCUGGGCCUGGCCGACGCUUACGUCCUCUCGGAGGGCAGCACCUUCAAGUGGGACUCCUGCGCCCCGCACGCCCUGCUGCGGGCCCUGGGGGGCGGGGUGGUGGAUCUGAGCCGCAGCCUGGAGUCCGGCUGUGGUGCCGGGGUGGAGCUCACCUACCACCAGCCGCUCUGCGGGGGCAAAGGUGCUGAGCGCUGGGCCAACCACGGGGGCCUGGUGGCUUAUCGAGAUGCCGCCCAGCUGCAGCGCAUCCUGGCCGCUCUGAAGCCCUCGUCCUGAGCCGCCGCCGCCGCCGCCGGACCCUAGCCAGGGCGGAGAGACGCCCGGCACCGGCCAUCUUGUCAUGUUCAAAGGCUUCACACGUCACCUCCACUGCACCGUGUGGAUCCAGAACCGAGUUAGUCCUCAGUGACGGGAUGGUGGGCUCUUUUUAUUGAACUUGUUUAUGGAGGCCGUUUAUAUCUCACGGAAGCCAUGUUGCAUCACUGCCGCCUGCCAUUUCUGCUGUGCUCUGCAGUUUUCAGCAGACAGGAGGGUGGGAAGGUUUACUUCUCUGGAGCGUCAGCUCCCAGAGAGGAGGCCGGAGUUUUAAUGCAAGAGCCUUGUUUCUAUCAUAUUAAACAUUAAGUUGUA